AUGUUCCGGCCGCUCUACACUCGCUCUCUACCCCGCACGCUAGGGCUGUCGCGACGUCGGUUUAUAUCUACAACUACACCUGAGAUACCUGCAGAGCGUCAUGGACAUCUUCCGAGCUCUCAUUCACUCAUAACGCCCACGCUCUCGUUCUUCAACUCCGUCACUGGAGGCGGGACACAGAUCCCAACAUACAGAGUGCUUGAUGGUGCGGGGAACGUUAUCGAGGGCGCAGAGAUGCCAGAGCUCGAUCGUGACUUUGCCAGGAGGAUAUAUGAGAACAUGGUUUGCUUGCCCACUAUAGAUAACCUUCUAUACAAUCUGCAACGCCAAGGCAAGAUAUCCUUCUACAUGACCGCUUAUGGAGAGGAGGCCACUAUCAUUGGAACAGCUGCCGCCCUUGCGCCCGACGACGAAGUGCUUGGUCAGUACCGCGAGCUAGGCGUCCUUCUAUUCCGCAAUUGGGGUCUCAAGGCCAUCAUGAAUCAAUGUUUCGGCAACCACAUGGACAAAGCAAGCAAGGGAAAGCAGAUGCCGGUGCACUGGGGUUCGCCAGAGCAUCACUUCCAUACGAUCAGUUCACCUUUGGCCACUCAGAUACCUCAGGCGGCAGGAGUCGCCUAUGCUCUACAGCGUGAUCCCGAGCGUCGUGGACACAACUGCGCUGCAGUGUACUUCGGAGAUGGCGCCGCAUCGGAGGGUGACUUUCAUGCAGGGAUGCUCUUCGCAUCGACGCUACCGUCACCGACACUGUUCAUUGCGCGAAACAACGGCUUUGCAAUCUCGACGCCUGCUUCAGAGCAGUACUACGGUGAUGGCAUUGCUGCCCGUGGACCGGGAUAUGGUAUGGACACAAUACGAGUUGACGGUAACGACGUUCUCGCCGUGUUGGCCGCUACACGCGAAGCCAGGCGGCGCUGUAUCGAGAGCGGCCGUGGUGUAUUACUCGAAGCUAUGACUUAUCGUGUUGGACAUCACUCCACUUCUGAUGAUUCUUUCGCGUAUCGACCAAGGCAGGAAGUCGAAGACAGGAAACGUAUCGACAACCCCAUUGCGCGCUUCCGGCUGUUCCUUCAUGCAAGGGGCUGGUGGUCAGACGAGGAGGAGCUGGCGCUCAAGGAACGCUUCAAAGAAGAGGUUAUGACGGAGUUCCGCGCCGCGGAACGUGCCCAGCGCCAUGAACUCGGGGAGCUCUUCAACGACGUUUAUGCCGGGGAGCUACCUUAUAACUUGAAAGAACAGCGCAAAGAGCUUGGACGCCUGGUUCGCAAGUACGGCGACGCUUGGGAACCGUGGCGUGAAGAACUCAAGAAGUUCAAGGACGGCGGCAAGAGCGUCAUGGAUAUUGAGGACAAGUGA